CUAAGAAGUUAUAAAAACAAAGCCAUUUAAUUGCGCAGUUUAGUUUACCACUGCAGUUAGACCGCGGCAAUUUCAUCGUCGGAAGCGGGGAUUUCGUUUCGUUAUUUUCUAGAGCAAUUUGUCACGGAAUGUUCGGUUUCAGACCUAAUCUCGUUGCAUGUUUUUCCUUCGACAAAUAAUUUAUUUGUCUGAGUAGGAAAACAACACGCUGUUUUUACUGAGAUGAAAAUCUGCAUGUAAUUGCAACAAAAGAUUCACGCAAGCGGAAUUAACAAAACUUUUUAUGACAGAUUUCAUAUAAGAAGCAGCCUCAGUCAAUAUAUCAAAAUAUGUUAAAUCUCCGUUAUAAUUCUUUAAUUCUAUCUUAUCGGCCUGUAAGUAAAGUUACUGAAUAUCUUUUAAUUAGAAUACUGAAUUGUGUGCAGAUUCAAGCAUAGCGAUAGGCAAACAACACGUUUAGUGAAAAACGACCUUGGCGUUGAGAAGGAUGCAAACUGCAGUCCUGUUACGAGAAAUCGGGUUGUACAGUUAUCCCCUUGCAUGCGAUUAAGUUUAUUCCUUACACGCUUUGGCCAAAAUUUUCCCAUAUUCUCGCAAAUUUAAAUGCAAUUAAGCCACUUAUCGUCUGCUUUUCCAAGUGGCAUAAUUGUUAGGGAUGAUAUCUGAUGCGGUUCUUCACCUUUUUCUGCUACAAUAUCCCCAAUCAUGUGAUUUCCAAAAAAUUUGAGAUGACCCGUGGGUGGAAAGUUUCACUUCCCUAAUUAUCCAAUAUUUCAACAUUUUAAACGAGUAAAGCACCUUCAAAAAUCAUUAGACUUCUGAAAUUUGCGAUUUCAAAACAAUACAUUAUAGCGACGCCACAAACAAGAAUAUUUCCUUGACCUGAAAACCACACGCGCGGUUUCGUGGGGUGGUCUUUGAAAAGCGCGUAGUGGGAAAAGAAAAGCGCGAGAGCUCACGCGCGAUUUAAAAGUGAAUCUUCCUCUUGCACGCGCUUCCCUCCCCUUUUUUUUGCAUUCAUGGCCUAAAACCAUCUCAGACUUGUCUCUGUAGUGGUUCUUCUCGCGAGUCACUCUUUCCUUCUGCUCUAGGUCUUCACUUUUUUAAUCUCCCUAAAAUUAUCGGUUGACUUGUUGCCAGUAUACACAACCAACAAAACCACUUUAUUCAAGGGACGCUAUGUUUUUGUUGAAAAUCAAUAUCUGUUUUUUUGUAACAUGGACGCGUAAAGAUAACACAGAACUGUUAACACUUCGAAAAAUAAGUCAUCGUUAUUGACAUCCAUCAUUGUUUCCUUUUCGCCUCAUCAUCCUCUGCUCUAUUUUCACAAAAAAAAACUAAUCUGUUCCGGGCUGCUUCUCAGAAAAUGGUACAACCUUUUUUUUUUUAUCUGGGUACAAGUAACGAGUCCGUGCUUAUUUUUAAACUUUAAUGCCGUCUUCAGUGGCUUGAUGCUGGUCCGAAAAAUAAACUGGUGGUCAGUUCAAACUGGUUGUUACAACACAAUACUCCUUUGUUGUAUGCGCAAAGAGGGGACAUUUUGUACCCGUAAAAUAAAUUAACCCAAGCCAAAUGAAAGACUAAAAAUUUCGUACCAAAACACGUCUGUGAAUGUAAGCACCAGUUAGACUUCCUAACGAUUUCAGUAGACAACGAAGAAAUAUUCACCAUUUUAUUGAGUGCAACUGAGAAAAUGUGUUAAAAAGUUCUUUGGGAUAUUCAAUUUCCCAAUCAUAGUAGACAAAAAAAUAUUCUAUGCUAUCUCCCUUAAUUAAAGAGGAAAAUAAUUGCAGGUGGUAGUCGCUGCUGAAAACUACAAAGAAAUUGCUAACUUCUUAUAUCAUGCAAAUUGCAUCAAUGAUGAAAGAAAGACCUUUUCCGUGGCAAAAAUUUGAGCAGCAUAAAAUUAUGCCUCAGGCUUUGUUCAUGUGUAAAAUUACACAUCAACUUAUUAACACCAGAUGGCAGUGGGAUGAUAUUUUUUCUUAGCUGCAUCCCUGCUUUAUAAUCAAAAUCUCCUUAAUGGCAGGAUAAGAAACUUAUCAAGACAAUUAAAGAGAACAUAUAUGUUGAUAUCAAGGCACAAAGUGUCUUUACAAGGUUGCUCAACUCACCUGAACAAAUUGUUUAUUUUCUCUUCAGCAUGGGUUGGUUCCAUAACUUACGGUAUGAUGUUCCUUCUCGGGCCUCUAGCGACCACCCUGUGCCAAAAGUUGGGCUGCCGUGCGACAACAAUGAUUGGCUGUAUGGUGGCUGCAGGUGGUUGUCUCUUAGGGUCAAUAUCUACCAAUAUUUACUUGAUGGACUUGACCUAUGGAUUAAUGUUUGGAGUCGGAGCAAGCAUGUGUUAUUUUCCAUCUGUAGUCAUAUUGGGACAGUACUUCUCAAAGCGCCUCUCAUUAGCCAAUGGAAUCACUUCCUCAGGCAGCGGCGUUGGAACUUUGUGUAUGGGACCUGUCAUGCAGAAAUUGAUUCAGCACCUCGGAAUGCGUAACACAAUGAGGAUCUCUGCAGGAAUGCUUGCUUGUGUGGUUUUCUGUGCGCUUGUCUACAGACCCAUAAACACUGGCUUUCUUCAACCAGCAAAGCAGGUUGAAGGGGAAAAGAAAUCGCGAUUUGCAAUUCUGAAGAGUUUCAAGGAAUUGUUUAAAAACAAGGCAUACAUUUUGUGGUGUUCAUCAUUAGCACUUUGGAUGCUGGGGUACUUUGUACCAUUUGUUCACUUGGUGCGUCUUGCCACUGAAGAAGGAAUUGACCCAUUCAAAGCAACACUUCUCAUCGGUAUCAUGUCAGUUGGAUCAACCCUCGGACGCCUCCUCUUUGGCAAGAUGGCAGACCACCCAAAGGUGAACAGGCUGUAUCUCUACCAGAUCUCAUUUCUCAUGAUCGGAAUCAGUAACACACUUUGCCCUGUUCUAACUUCGUAUUCUGGCCUUGUUAUCUAUGCCACGGUUUUUGGCUUCUUCGAAGGGUGCUAUGUGCUUUUGGCUCCUGUCCUGACUGGUGACAUUGUAGGAAGAGACAAGAUGGCGCAUGGUGUUGGCGUUCUGUUUGCCCUCAAGUCUGUGCCUCUUACACUUGGGCCCCCAAUUGCUGGUUUUAUCUAUGAUGCCUCAAACUCGUAUCAAGUGGCCUUCUACAUUGCUGGUGCUGUACCGACUGCUGCUGCCUGCAUGAUGUUCGGCAUUCCAUUUCUGAUGCCAGAGAGAGAAGAGGACAAAAAAUGCAGAGUUGUUCUUGCAGAGGAAAGUGGCUAUAAUGAAAAGCCUACAUACUUUGACGAAAAAAGAGCCUUGGCCGAGAAAGAACAACAGAUGUACAGAAAUCGCUACAGUGGUAUUCCUGAGGUCAUCAUUGAAGAACCAGAGACAGAAGAUAAUUUUAGACCAGCAUCUUUCUACAGUGUGGCAAGCAAUGAUAAUGCUCUCUCCACUUUGAGUAUCAACAACAAGAGAAACACUAUUGGACUUAGCACAAACAGCAUUUCAACAGUGCGAGAGACAUGUCUUGUGUCGAUGGACACCAUAAAUGUUAGACGAAGUCGGCUGCUCCAGCUCAGAGGGGAACUGAGCAGCUCUGUGUUCUCACUUGUAAGGAGAUACAUGGACAUGCCCAAGGAGAUUGCAGCCAGUGAAUGUGGUAGCAUUGCAUGCAUUCCCCAGCACAUCGCAAACAAUCCUCAACAGCCUCCUCCACCCCAAGCAGAAAAAGUAGUUGUUGUUGGCAUGGAGACAGUUGUAUAGGUGCAACUGAUGACUAGUCAGUAUGCCUCAUAAGAGGUGCAAGUCUUCUACAUAUACAUCUAACAAAAAGCCAGUGCUUGAAUACAUAGUUAUUGAAAAAUAACUCACCACAUAACAAUUACUUCACAUUCAAGAACAAAAUCAUAAAAUCAAAUCAGAAGAAUACAUUUCACAUGGUUAGGAAAAUCCAAAUGUUUGUAAGCCACAACAGUUUAGUGUAGUACUAUAAUUCUUACAUGGUUUUGCACUAAACAAAGUUAUUCAUGAAAAUCAAUACUGAGUUUUGGUGUUUUAAAAAAAUUACCUCGUGGUUAUGGAGACCAUAUUACGGAAGUGAGAGUCAAAUCUUAUUAGUUCCAAGAUGGAAAUAGCAGUUCUCCUAACCGAUUGCCAUACAAUUUGUUUCAUAUUCAUUGUGCGAAUAUGGUAGUACAUCAAGAUGAUAGAUUCCAUAGGUGUAUGAUUUUCUACUUUCUCCUCACCUGGCUGCUUCAAUAUGCUUCAAUAUGUCAGGUCAGAAAAUAAGUGUUUUCACUCUUGGAUGAAAAAGGAUCUUUUUAAUUGACCAGAUUAAUCAGCGUCAGGGUGAAUGUUUGUGAAUUAAAAGUACCACAUGUGAGGGGUGGAAUAAUUUAAUGCACUUGAUGAAACAACCAAUUUCAAUAUUUAAGGAGGAGCUAUGUUAGAUUCAAUCAUUAACAUAUAUCAUUAUAUAACAUUGUCAGAGUUAAUUUAACAAUACUAUCCAGUCACUAAGAACUCAGGGGCACCCAAUAGAUCGGUUUGGUAAAUUAUCUGUUUAAUCACCUCUGAUUUUCUUCAGAGAAUUGUCAUCUCCGACAUUUGUGAUAUCAAAAAUUUAAUGCCUAUUGUUUUAGAAGUGAUAGAAAUGUCAUUUUGGGGUACCUAAAAAAAUUCAGCUAUGAUUUUUGGAAAGGCAAUGGCACCCAAGAUUUUCUUGAAAUGGAAAAAAAAAUAAUAACUUCCUCUAGAAUAUUCAAAAAGGUAAAAAUUUUAUAGGACAGCCUAACAGCAACUUACCGAGUUUUACAAGCAUUCUAGAUAACCUAAAACAGCAUUUUAAAGCACUUGAGAGAAAACCAUCAUCAGGUGCCCCCAAGAAUUGAAGAGUGAAAACAAGAGAUGUGUUCGAGUGACUUGCCAAUUUAACCACAAUGACCAAAAAUCAAGAAAAAGAUUAAAUAUUUUGCAUCUCACUGAGAGUGUAUUGGUACUAACUGAAGCCAUGAAUUCAAAAUUUCUCAAAGACAGCAAGCAAAAAACAUGAACUGACAUUUCAGAUGUAGCUCAUUGUGAAAUUUGCAUUCAUUUUAGGGAUACCCCGUCAAGCAACAUGGCACUUUUGAAGGAAAAGCCUUUUUUAGCCAUCAGUACAGUUGUUAAAAACAGUUUUAACAAUCAAAUGAAAAA